AUGUUGUGUGUUCAAUCUGAAUCUGGCGUAUCAAUCCCAAUCCGAUUCCUGGUAUCAGCCCACAGUCCGUCUAUUCUGGGCCUUCGAGCAAUGCGGCUACUACAAGGAUUCAUCAUACUACACACCAACAACGAUAUGUCAGUCACCUCACAUCUUCAACAUUUGAUUGUACAGUGUUCCGGUAACGUUGGUGACAUGAAAGUACCGUCGGUGAAGUUGGAAGUGGACGGUGAACCUAUCUUCCUAAAACGACGCGUCCUCCCAUACGGUCAACGGGAAGGUGUCCUGAAAGCAUUUCAGAACAUGGAGCAAGAUGUUGUGAUAAGUAAAGUUGAAUCCAGUGCCUGGGCUACCCCGAUUGUCGUCGUGAUGAAAAGUGAUGACAGUGUAAUCAAAGGACUUGACGAUGUGCUUGCAUAUCAAGAUGACGUUCUCAUUUUCGGCCUUAAUAAGAAAGAACACGAUGCCCGUCUUACGCAGCUACUGGAACAAUUUUCCGUCAGGAACGUGGCUAUCAAGCGGUCCAAGUGUGUGUUUGGAUUAAGUGAGUUGGAGUUUCUAGGAUUCACAGUUGAUUCCCGUGGAUAUCGUCCCGAUCCGACACGUUUCAAACCAUAG